AUGCAAAAUAUUUUUGGUGACAGCGAUGACGAAGACAUUGAAGAUAUGGUUGUACAGCCGAUCCGUGCACAACCCAUAAGUUUGUACAGCCCGCCUGCUCACAUGCAAAAUAUAUAUGACGAACACGACGAUACAACCUCCGUGUUUGGAAGUGUUAUUCAAAACCAAAUAGGUGACGAAAUAGAGAUUGGAAUGGACUUCGAAAACAAGGAAGCUUGCGUACUCGCUCUUCAGCAUUGGCACAUAACACACAGUGUUGACUAUUGGUUGUAUCAGUCUGACUAUGAACGAUAUGUCAUUAAGUGUAAGAAACAAGACUGCGGUUUCAAGUGCAGAGCUUCCCUGAGAAAAAGGAACUUGAAAUGGGUGAUCGGUAAGCUUUCUGGGUCUCUCCCAUGCAGUUCGACGUCUAUGGCACAAGACCAUAGGAAACUCAGUUCAGAAAUGGCUAGCCAUAGCAUCAGGGAACUUGUCAACAGCGACGCCUCACUCAAAGUAAAGGUGAUCAUUGCCCAUAUUCUAGAAAAAUACGGGUACAUUAUAUCUUAUAGGAAGGCGUGGAUCGCUAAGUGCAAGGCGGUAGAGUCGCUUUAUGGAAAUUGGGAAACAUCUUACAACGACCUACCGCAGUGGAUACUGGUAAUGAAAACCUUCAUUCCAUGA